UGCUGUUCCUGGUGUUUGCACUCGUUCCUUCUGCAACAUGUCGGAGGCUCAGGCGAAUCGACCGCAUCGGAAGCCCAAGGACAAGAAGGCGCCGACCACCGGGGAGCGGAAUCCCAAGGCCUUUGCGUUCAAUGCGCCUGGACGACUGGCCAAGCAAGCCGCGCGAUCGCACGAUGUCAAAGAAAAGCGCCUCCAUGUUCCGCUCGUCGACCGCCUCCCCGAAGAGGCCCCUCCCAUCGUUGUCGGCGUCGUCGGUCCCCCGGGCGUGGGCAAGACGACACUGAUCAAGUCUCUGAUCCGCCGAUACACGAAGCAAACCCUCUCCACGCCGACCGGGCCGCUGACAGUCGUCACCUCGAAGCGCCGACGCCUCACCUUCAUGGAAUGCCCCGCCGACUCGCUGGCAAGCAUGAUCGACAUCGCCAAGGUGGUCGACAUAUGCCUGCUCAUGAUCGACGGCAACUAUGGCUUCGAAAUGGAGACGAUGGAGUUUCUCAACGUCUUGUCAGCCAGCGGCAUGCCCGGGAACGUGUUCGGCAUCCUCACCCAUCUGGACCUGUUCCGAAAGCAAGAAACCCUGAAGCUGCAGAAGAAGAGGUUGAAGCACAGAUUCUGGAGCGAGUUGUACCAGGGCGCCAAGCUCUUCUACCUCUCUGGCGUGGCCAAUGGCCGAUAUCCAGACAGGGAGAUCAUGAACCUGUCGCGCUUUUUGAGCGUCAUGAAGAACCCAAGGCCUUUGGUGUGGAGGAAUUCCCAUCCGUACUGCUUGGCCGACAGAUUCCUGGACAUCACGCCCCCGACCGAUAUGGAAGAAGACCCCAAGUGCGAUCGCACCAUAGCCCUGUAUGGAUACCUACGCGGAACAAACUUCCCUGCGCAGGGGUCCAGAGUUCAUGUGCCAGGUGUUGGUGACCUAAGCGUUUCCUCGGUAGAGGCACUGCCCGAUCCGUGCCCUACGCCGUUUUUCGAGAAGCAGUUGGAGAAGGUCACUGGCAAGAAGAAACGAGCAAGGCUCGGUGACAAGCAGAAGAUCCUGUUUGCGCCCAUGUCGGAUGUUGGCGGUGUCCUGGUGGACAAGGACGCUGUGUACAUUGAUAUCAAGAAUCCAACGUUUGAUCCUGAUGCAGACUACACGGAGCGGGGGCUGGGCGAGCAGAUGAUGAUUGGUCUGCAAGGAGGCAGGAAGCUACUGGGAGAAGAUGAUGCCGGAAUGAGGCUGUUCAGCGGUGGAAAGACCGUCGACGGCACCGCAGACGACGACGCUGCAGACUCGGGCCGCAAAGCGCAUCGCCACGCGAGGAUGGCAGAUGAGCAGAACGUAGACGAAGCCGAUCUCGAUGGCAUCGACAGCGACUACGAAGAAUUACAACAAGACUACGAGUCCGGAGACGACGAGGACGACACUGGUUUCUUGGAAGGCGACUCAAUACCCAAUGGCAAACCCGCUUUCGCUCGCCGGAGAGAUUCUGAACGUAAAGAUGCGACAGCUGAGGACUUGGCGUUUGCAGACAGUGACUCCGAUCUCGGUUCAAUAUCAGGCGAAGAGCCAGACCUCGACGAGCUUGAGAAUGACGAUCUAGACUCAGUGGACUUUGACGAAGAGGACGAGGACGGUGCACUUCGAUGGAAAGACAAACUCCGAGAGAACGCGGCAAAGAUGCACGGUCGGAAGCGGGCUUACCAACCCGCUGACCUCGCAAAACUGAUGGAGAACCUGGAACUCUCGCCAGCUGAGGUUUUGAAAGAGUGGCGCGGCGAAGAAGAUGAUGCAGAUGAAGUGGACGACGAAGAUGAGGACGAUUUCUUUAACAAAUCAAAAGUGGAUGAUGCUGCUAAUGCGGAGGAUCGUUAUAUACCCCUGUUUGACUACGCUGCGUUAGAAGAGAAGUGGGAAGACGAUGAGAACAUUGAGGCACUAAAGAGCAGGUUUGCCGUAGGCCAUAUGGACGGGAAAGGCGGAGAUGGAGACGAUGACGACGAGUUUGAGGGCUUCGAAGAAGAUGGCGAUGAGGGUGACGGCGAGUUUGAGGAUUUGGAGACUGGGGAGAAGUUUGGCGGAAAGCAGGCUACCGAACAGGCCACCGAAGAGGAUGGUGAUGCAACCGCUGCAAUUGAAGAUGAGCGAGAAAAGAAUGCUCGGCGGAAGGAAGAGCUCAAGCUCCGGUUCGAGGAAGAAGACCGGGAAGGCUUCAUGAACGACAAAGCCAAUGCCCGCAAGGACUCCGGGCAGGAAGAGGAGUUCGGCGAAGACGACUGGUACGAUGCUCAAAAAGCCCAGAUACAAAAGCAGCUCGACAUCAACCGUGCCGAGUUCGACCAACUGGAUACGGCAUCGCGCAUCCGAGUCGAAGGGCACAAAGCCGGAACGUACGCCCGCAUCGUUCUGGAGAAGGUACCUUACGAGUUCUCGGCCAACUUCAGCCCCCGCUUCCCCGUCGUCAUCGGCGGUCUCACUCCCACAGAAGAGCGCUUCGGCUUCGUCCAAGUCCGCAUCAAGCGGCACCGCUGGCACAAGAAGAUCCUCAAGACCAGCGAUCCCCUCAUCUUCUCCCUGGGCUGGCGCCGCUUCCAGGUCACGCCCAUCUACAGCAUCCACGAGAACAGACAACGGCAUCGCAUGCUCAAGUACACGCCCGAGCACAUGCAUUGCCACGGCACGUUCUACGGCCCGCUCGUCGCACCCAACACGGGCUUCUGCUGCGUUCAGUCCUUCAGCAACAAGACGCCGGGCUUCCGCAUCGCCGCCACGGGCGUCGUCCUCGCCGUCGACGAAAACUUCGAAAUCGUCAAGAAACUCAAGCUCACAGGGCAUCCCUACAAGAUCUUCAAAAACACCGCCUUCAUCAAGGACAUGUUCCAGUCGGCGCUCGAGGUCGCCAAGUUCGAGGGCGCCUCCAUCCGUACCGUGUCGGGGGUGCGCGGGCAGAUCAAGCGCGCGCUGAGCAAGCCCGAGGGCAACUUCCGCGCGACCUUCGAGGACAAGAUCCUCAUGAGCGACAUUGUGUUCCUGCGCGCGUGGUACCCGAUCAAGCCGCACCGGUUCUACAACCCGGUGACGAACCUGCUCGACGCGGUGCUGUCGCCUGAGACGGGCGAGAGCACGGCGUGGAGCGGCAUGCGGCUCACGGGGCAGGUCCGGCACGAACUCAACCUGCCCACGCCCGCGCUGAAGAACAGUGCGUACCGCCCCGUCGACCGCCAGGAGCGGCACUUCAACCCGCUGCGCGUCCCGCGCAAGCUCGCCGCGGACCUGCCGUUCAAGUCGCAGAUCGCGGCGAUGAAGCCGCAGCGCAACAAGACGUACCUGCAGAAACGCGCCGUCGUGCUUGGGGGCGAGGAGAAGAAGGCGCGCAGGCUGCUGGACCAGGUGAUGACGCUGCGGAACGAGAAGGUGGAGAAGAGGCGCAAGGCGCAGGAGGUGCGGAAGGAGGGGUACAAGCGGAAGAUUGCGGAGAACAUGGAGAAGAAGGCGGAGCGGGAGAAGAAGGAGAAGCAGGAUUACUGGGAGCGGGAGGGGAAGAAGAGGAGGCAUCAGGAGGGUGGCGAGGGGGGCGGUGGGAAGAGGAGGAGGUAG